CCUUCAAUUAAUUUUACAAAAAUGAAAAGUUGCCAAAAAUCAUAAUCUGAACAAAUAUGUUGUUUGAAGCUUUUGUUUAUUCAAGUAGUAAAUAUCAUGAAAGGGAUAACAGAGAACAGCCAACAAUAGAAUUUAAAAAUUUUAUCAGAAAGAUAGCUGAGCAAUAGAAUAAAUAUUCAAAAGGAAUAAAAAAUAAAAGAAUUCAAAAAAAAGUUAAAAAUGUAGCCAAACUAAAUAGAAAAUUAAAAUAGAUAUAUCAUAGAUGUUAGAAGGAUUCACUAAGAACUUUCAAAUGGAUAAAAUACUGCUUGCAAAUAUUGUGGAUUAUAUGACUCGAAAUAUCAUUGUGGGUUUGAAGCGAACCUACUUUUACCAGAUAUUUAUAUGGAAUUAUCUAAUAAAGGGUUUUUUAGAUCAGGAAAAUAUUUUUGGAAAUAGAAUCCUUACCUUUCAUGUUGUAAAGAGUAUGCAAUAAGAAUGAACGUGUUGUAAUUUUAAAUCAGUCAUCAUUAAAAGAAGACAUUCUAAAAAUUUGCAUCAAUUAUGCAUAAUGAAAUAAAAUAAUAAAUAAGCAAAAAAAAUAUAAAUAAUAAUGAUAUUGAUGAUUCUCUUAAAAACAAAUCAAAUAGCCAUAAUCUAGAUAAUAAAAAUAAAGGUAAAGAAUCAAAAAAUGAGCAUGCAAAUAUACAAGAAAAUCAGAAAUAAAAUUAUUAAAUCAAGCAAAUCAAAGAUCUUUUAAACUAAUUGGUCUUAAAAUUAUUUAUUGGCGAAGAAAAAGGCUUUAAAAAAGUAGACUAUGACUUUAAAGUAUUCUUAACACAAGGCAAGUCAAAAGAAUCUGACUAUUAUAGUAAUGUACUUUAAAUAAUAUAUAUUCAAAAUAAAGAAGCUCUAGAAUCAGUUGAUAAGCUUAUAGAAAAAUAUCAGAAUUAAGUUUUAGAUUUUCUACAUAAAGAGUGCAGUGAAUAUGCUUAUUCUAUUCACCCAGUUUAAAAGUUGAUACUUUUUAAAUUAAAAGAGAAUCAAAAUGAAUAAUUACUCAAAAAGAAUAAGGAAAAGGAAUAGCUUUAAUAAAAUAUCAAGUCUAUUGGUUAAAAAAAUGAGAAUGGACAAUAAAAAUAAAUGAAAUAAGUAAAUGAGAAAAAAUAGCUAAUUCCUAAAAAUGAAAUGUAAAAGUAUGUUAAUGAAGAUGGUUCAAUAGUCUUUGAUGAGUUUUCCCCUAAAUAUAUAAAAAUAGGAGAUUUAGAAAUUAGUUUGGAGGAAAAUUAAUUUGAUUAAGAAAUUUACUAAAUCCAUUGCGACUAUUUUAAAAGUGUUCAUCAAAGAGAACCACAGUCAGUUUAAAAGUUUAUAAACGAUAAAUGUAUUUAAAUAAUAGAGCCAUAAAUAAUAUAAAGCAAAGUAAAUUCAAAUAUGCAGCUAUAUACAGGAACUUUCUUUUUUAAGUAUAAACUUAAAGGUGAAAUAAUAGCAGUUUCUCAUGUAGAUAUACUCCCAGAAAUGUUCAUGAGCCAGUACUUUUUCUACAAACCAGAAUUAAAGCAAUCUUUUAAACUAGGUAUAAAUAGUGCAUUGAUUGAAAUCGAAUAUGUCAAAAGAAUGCAAAAAUUCUUUCCAUAAUUUUUAUAUUUUAAUUUUGUUUAAUUCAUCCCAAGAACAACAAAGAUGAAUUACAAGGCUGACUUUUAGAAGUAGCAAAUAUUAUGUCCAGAAACUUGUAAAUGGGUUGAUUUAACAUUAGAAAUGAAAAAGUAACUUUAUGAAAACCCAGCAGAUAAUCCUCGUUUAGCAUCUAAAGAAGAAUCUAUAUAAGAGGAUCAUGAUUUUUCAGAUAUGAAUAUAGAACAAUACUUAUAUGAAAACUUUAUGAUGUAUAUAAACGAAAGAUAUUUAAUGAUCCAAGAUCUUAUACCUGAAAGUUAACCUUAAAUAUUAAUUAAUUUAGCUUGCCUUCUAUAAGCUAUGGGUAAGAAAAUAUUUAACUCUCUUACUUUCGGUUAUUGAAACAAACCAUAUUAUUUAAAUGCUUAAAAUAUUAAUAAAAAUCUCAAUAAAUUUAUUAGUUAAAAAAAAAUAGUUAUUUUAUAAUAAAUUUUCAUAUUCAUUAUCAAAAACUAAUAAAAUAAAAAUAAACAUAUAUGUAUAUAAUUUAUAUGCAUUUCUUCAAUACAGUUCACCAAUCAAUCAUCAAU